GAAGUUGCCAUGUUCUUCCACUUCGAGCCUUCGCCCGAGCUGGCCGAUCUGUGUGUAUUGGAUUUCAGGUUAGGAGUGACAUCGGUCGGUACUCAGUGUUCUUCCGUUGCAUUGCACGGAAUGUUGAAGCGGGGGAUUGUGAGGGCCGCUGUGCUGGUGUUCGAGGAGGAUAACGAAGUGGGUCCAAGCGGACGUCCGCUGCGUUUUGAUUGGUGCGAUCGUCCGCUUUCCCUCCAUGUCUCUUUCCUCCCAACGUCAACUACGACAGAGACUUGAGACCACUAGGAUCAUUCAUAUAUCUGGUUGCGAUGCCAAUAUUUUCAAAGACCCGCAACACAUCAAUCCUUCGUUUCGCCACCUCCCUCGCUCUCAGUACUCAAAAUACCGAAGCUCAACCCUAUCUGACCAAUCAAAUCUUGUCGACCACCAUGCCUACCAAUUCCGCAGCAUGGAUGCUGGGUCCCAAGCAAGAACUUCAAGUCAAGGAAGCGCCGUAUCCCAAACCGGGACCCGGUGAAAUCGUCGUCCGCAAUCGAGCUGUAGCGAUCAACCCCAUCGACUGGAUCCUUCAGUCUCAAGGGACCGCCAUGGCAUUUGGCUGGAUACAGUACCCCUUCGUGUUUGGAAAUGACGUCGCCGGAGAAGUUGUACAAAUUGGAGAGCAGGUGACUCGCCUCAAAGUCGGCGACCGUGUGACGGGACAGGCGCACAGUGUGGACAAGCUUUUCAAUAACUCUGCGUACGGAGGCUUCCAACAGUACACGAUUCUCCUGGAAAGGAACACAGCCACUAUCCCGGAGACCAUGUCGUUCGAAUCGGCGUCGGUACUCCCUCUGGCUUACGCGACCGCGGCGGCUGGGCUCUUCGAGAAGGAUCAACUGAAUCUAGAAUACCCUCAGCUCGACGCAAAAGCAACUGGGAAGACUGUUCUCGUGUGGGGAGGAUCUACUAGCGUGGGCUUGAGUGCUAUCCAACUCGCAUUGGCCGCUGGAUACGAAGUCAUCUCCACCUCUUCACCUCGGAACUUCGACUUGCUGAAGUCGCUCGGUGCCAGCGAAGUGUUCGAUUACAACGACCCCAAAGUCGUCGCCAAUGUCGUCAUGGCCAUGAAAGGAAGGACGUCCGCAGGAGCUCUGGCAAUUGGAGAGGGCUCCAUGUUCAGGUGUUUGGACGUGCUGGGUCGCUGCAAGGGUGACAAACAUAUGGCAAUGGCGACUUAUCCGGUACCAUCGCACCCGAAGCGGUUCGCUCUGCUGCACACGAUAUAUUGCUUCGUCACAUCGAUGAUCUCGAUAACCGUCAAGUCCAAGCUACGAGGCAUAACGACGAGCUUUGUGUGGGGCUCAGUGGCUCACUCGCCCGUGGGAGAGGCCGUGUAUGCGAGGUUUUUGCCUGAUGCCCUCGCAAAUGGCAAGUUCAGGGCCGCACCGGAGCCGGUGGUAGCAGGGGAAGGACUGGAAGCGAUUCAAGGCGCAAUCGACUUGCAAAAGAAGGGCGUUUCGGCGAGGAAGGUGGUCGUGAGCCUGAAGUAGGUUUCUCUGGUGAAUGGAAGGUAGCUGUACGUUUAGGUAGCAAUUUCAACUUGACUGUUUCCCCCACUAGCGCGCUUUCUGUUUCUGUAUUGCUCUCGCUCAAGCUCUCAACUCAGCAGCGCCGGUUGAUUGUGCAGUCGGAAAUCCUCAGUACAUGCAGCUUCGAUUGCAGCAUCAGCACGCUGUCUCUCUCCUUUGAAGCCGACUUCAGAAGUUCUCCUAUUUUCGUCGAUUCCCGCACUUGAAGCCCAAAUUGACAACCACAAUGCCACUCACCCUGGUCCACACCUACGCGGCGGACGCACGCCAGACCCGUUACCUCUUGCGAGACACUGACGAUGGCAGCAUCAGCUGGGGAUACUCGUAUGACCCAGUGUCCGAGAUCAAGAGCACUUCUCCCCAAGACCUC